CAAGCCCAUGGAUUCCAGCUAGGAAAGGAUUCAGUCCGUUCAGUAGCUCCCACCAACGAAGAUGUCCGCUCCAUUCGAUCUAGAAACCGGCCCACCAAGUGCUGAACUCUUGGAAGUUGCUCGUAAGGAGCUCCGUGAGACUCCGGAAGUUCGCGCUGCAGCCAUCGAAGAACUGCGCAAAUUGCUGCAGGCUUCGAGCGAUUUGAGUUUCCCCGAUGACGAUGAUUUCCUCCUGUUCUAUCUGAGACCGACUCACUUCUACCCGGAGAGUGCUAUCAAAUUGAUGCGCAAUGUCGCCGAGUUCCAAAAAGCUCACCAUGACCUGUUGCAUAAUCUGAUGCCUGCGGACCUCAAGAACGAGAUCACCAACUACAAUUUGGUGACGGUGCUGACGAACCGUGACCAACUGGGUCGUCGGAUGGUCGUAGUUCGAAUGGGUGAGGUCUGGGACCCGAAGGCCGUCCAUGAAGAUAAGAUCUUUGCCAUUCUAUACACGAUCCACAAGCUGGCGAUCAUGGAACCGGCCACGCAGAUCAAUGGAAUUGUGGUCAUCUACGACUUUGCCGGACUUGGCAUGAAGCAGAUCAAGGGUAUGUCCCCGAGUGCUUCGAAGCGUUUGCUGAGCUUCAUUCAGGAGGCUGCUCCUUUGAGGAUGAAGGCAGUCCAUUUCGUCAACGAGCCGAUGCUGUUCAACAUGGUCUGGGCGCUGAUGAAGCCUUUCGUUAAGGAGAAGCUGAAGAACAGGAUGUUCUUCCACGGUGAGGACAGAAAGAAACUGUUCAAGCACAUCGACCCUGCGUACCUGCCUGCCAACUAUGGAGGAACCUUGCCGGAAUUGAAUUACGAGUCAAAGGAUUGGUAUCCUGCAAUGGAAAAGUAUACAGACUUUAUCAAGAAGUUCAACUCCGCUGGAUUUAAAUGAACCAUGACGUAUUAGAAUAAAUCAAAGAAAUGUAUUGAAGCAAUUUA